AUGGAACCGGCAAUCAUCCCCCCGUUCAUCCUUCUCCUGGCCGUGUCGGUCUCGUACGCCCAAAAUGCGGACACGCUAACCUUCACCCAACCCGAGGAGCAGGGCGUCGGCCAGUUCGUUGGAAGCGUGUCAACCAGCGCCAGCCUUAUUGCCAUGGUCGGAGACUCGGACCGUGCAAGUCUGAAAUACGGGAUCUUGAACGGCUCGUCUUCGAAGGCGGGCGAUCUCUUCAGCGUUGGGGAGUCGGGAAACAUAACUUUUGCGGCCGUAAUUGACAGGGAGAGGUUGUGCCCCGGCACCAACACGUGCGAGCUGAGCUUCUCCGUCACCGUGUUCGGCAACAGCAACUUCGUCAAGCUUAUCCCCAUGAAGGUCGUGAUCACCGACAUCAACGAUAACGGCCCGAUCUUUGGAGACCCCGUCAAGAACUUGUCUAUCAACGAAGCCACACUCGUCAGAUCCCCGUUCUCUCUUUUUAUAGCCACGGACGCUGAUAUGAGUAAGGAGUUUGGGGUCAACUCGUACAUCGUUGAUCCAGACAGCGAGGUUUUUGAAGUGGUGGCAACUCAGAAUCAGGCCGGAACUUGGCAAGUCGAUUUAGUCCUGAAACAAGCGCUAGACAGAGAAGCAGCUGACACGUAUAAGCUGAGCGUUAUCGCCAAGGAUGGCGGAGACCCACCGAGGAGUGGAACCCUGACUGUGAACGUGGUGGUAGAAGACUACAACGACAACGCGCCCGUUUUCACCAGCGCCGUCUACUCCGCCAGCUUCAACGAGACCGCCGGGGCUGGCUACCCCAUUAUCACCGUAACCGCCACAGACAGAGACGUCGGCGAUAACGGUAGGAUUGGGUACAGUUUGAGCACCGUCCAGCGUUUGAGCACCGUCCAGCCAACCAGCGAUAUCCGCGGCAAGAUAUUCGUCAACAGCACAUCUGGAUUGAUCUCACUGACGCAGCCGCUGGAGCGUGGCGCGUACCGGAUCGUCGUCGACGCCACCGAUUCCGGAUCGAAUCCCCAGAAAAGCCAGACCGUCGUCAACGUCACGGUCCGUGAUUCCGAGAACACCCGGCCUGUGGUGAGGCUAAGCGCCGUGUCCAUCAGCGACCUCCCUCCUGGUUGGGUGUACGAGGAGACCGCCGGGGCCGGGACGGUCGUCGCGGUGUUGACGGCCGAGGACAGGGACUCUGGGAAAAACGGGAACGUCUCCUGCGAGUCUUUGGAACCGUCUUUCCAACUCCAGCAGCUGGACGCCACCUCUUACAAGCUCACGCUCGCCAAGGCCCUCGACCGGGAGCGAAACGACAGCUACUCCGUGGCGGUUGUCUGUCGAGAUCAGGGUGCGCCAAGUCUCAACGGCACGGGGACCGUCUCGAUAAACGUCUGGGACAUCAAUGAUAAUUACCCUACCUUCGGGAAGUCGUCUUAUGGGAGCAAUAUCGUGGAGAACAACAUGAAGGGGGACACGGUCGUCGUGGUCAAUGCCUUGGACGCCGACAAGGGAGAAAACGCCAGAGUGGAAUACAAACUGGUGGAUGACGGUGGGAAUUUCACCAUAUCUCCCGGCACCGGCGUCGUCAGGGCGAACCGAGUUUUCGACUGGGAGGACAAGACCAGGUACGUGUUUAGAGUCCUGGCUGUUGACAACGGAAGUCCUAGACUGACCGGAACCGCGUCCGUUACUGUUAAUAUCCUUGACGUGAAUGACGUGGCGCCGAGGUUCUCUCAGAACGGGUACAAAUUUCAGGUAUACGAAAACAGGGAACCCUCCACCGUUGUUGGGAACCUGACGGUGUCCGACCCCGACAAGGAUGAAGGAGGGGACAUCACCCUGACUCUGGAGCCUUUAAAGGAAGUGGAUAGCCUGCCGUUCACGGUCACCAAAGACGGUAGGGUUUUAAGCACGGAAUCAUUCGACAGGGAAGCUAAAAGCACUUACAGCUUUCACGUUGUCGCCACGGACAACGGACAGCGUAAACUCUCCUCCUCCGUGCAGGUUUCAGUUCAAAUCCUCGACAUGAACGACAACCGACCCACGUUCGUUUUCCCCAGCGACCAAAACUUUUCAACCUACGUCAACGCCCCCGUCAAUGCCGAGGACGUUCUCCUGACCGUGGAGGUCUACGACGAGGAUGACGGCAAGAACAGCGCCAUCAACUACAGCAUCGUCGGCACGAACGCCUCGGACCUGUUCAGAAUAGGAAAAGUCAGCGGUGAGGUCAUCGCCAACCGAGACAUCGACGUGUCGGAAAUCGGAGCCUACUCCCUGACCAUCAACGCGUCGGACCAAGGGUAUCCCGCGUUGUGGACGUCGCGGAGCCUCCUGCUGGUCGUCCAGUCGGAAUCGCCCUACGCCGGGAAGGUCAUCGCCGACCAGAACGUCUUGAUCGUGGCGUGCAUCAUUUGCUUCACGGUCAUCGUCUCCGGGGCCGUCCUGGUGGCCAUGUGCAUCAUAAGGCGGCUGGACCGACAGCGGAAG